AUGAGACACAACAAGCAGAGACAGACAGAUGAGGAGAAGAAGAAGAAGAAGCGUUCAGACACAGACUACAUCAGCGAGGAGGAGAAGCAGAAGGUGGAGCUGAUGUUGGCCUUCCUCACAGAAGAAUCCAAACAGGCUGCAGCGAGCACAGCUCCGACCAGUGAAGAAGACCUCUGCCCCAUCUGCUACGCUCACUCCAUCUCCGCCAUCUUCAAGCCCUGCUCCCACAAGUCCUGCAAAGCCUGUAUCAACCAGCACCUGAUGAACAACAAGGACUGUUUCUUCUGCAAAGCCACCAUCACUGGGGUCGAAGACUACAGCAAGCCGGCCUCGUCCUAACAAACACACACACAGAUACACACCUCUCACACACACUCACACACACACAUACACACACACACACACACACACACACACACACACACACACAGGUUAGCUGUUCAGAUCAUAGCUGAGGUGUCAAACACUCAUCUGACGCUGCUCAAACAUCAGUCCACAUAUCAGUGAACCCAAAGAUUCUCACAGAGAUCUGUACUGUAGGUGUGUGUGUGUGUGUGUGUGUGUGUGUGUGUGUGUGUGUGUGUGUCUUUCUCUUUACAGACGAACUGAUCUGAGAUUUUUGAGCAAACGUUUGUCGAACUCUGUUUCUGGUUUGAAACUCUGGAGCUUGACUUUAUGGAGGAAACAGGUACCAGUUAGAGUAGAUGGUAGAAGUGUGUGUGCGUGAAUAUGUUGUGUGUACAGUACAGUAAACGUGUGUGUGUGGACAGACGUUUGGUGAAUUCUUUUCACAUGGGAAGGUUUUGAUGUGUGACACAGACGCAGUUAGACUUAUAUUCAGGCUGACGUGUUGGUCACAGACACACACACUUAUUCACACACCUGGUCAACCUAAAGACAUCUGAAAAUAUUUCUAAAGCAGCGGUCCAGCCUGAGUUAGGACCAAUCAGAUCGUGCUCCCCCAAAAAGGUCGUCUAUGUUGUCCUUAUUAAAGCCACGCCCCUGCACCUGCUGCUGUGGACUGGAGACGUGCUGACUGACAUCUGCUGUAUGUAAUACUCUAUCUAUGGACAAGUACCUCGUACAGCUCCAUUUAACAAAACGUAACUAACCCUUUAAUGUAAAGUUACUGUGGUUAGCUUUAGGAAAAGAAACACGGUGACGUCGUUCCUUAAAAUGCCUCAAAGUUGGCACAAUUCUGAACACCGCCUCGUGGGGAAAGUCCUGUGUUUUAUGACCCAUUCACCACCUAGACCUUCCUCCUGACUCGGCCACUCAGGAACGCUUCCUGCUGUUCUCCCGUCGCACAUUGGUCACGUGAUCAAAGCCUCCAAAGAUGCGUGGGUUUUGCACGGAUUGCUGGUUUAUCAUUACGUAGGAUACGUAUGAAUUUUGGUGAAUUACUUUGUGUAGGUAGACGUAGGAACAGACCAUGAGAACAGCCUGUUGAACCCAAACUUUUCCUAAAUCUAAACAAAAUGUGACAUUAAAUCGUAGUUACUGAAUGUAACUCCAGUUCUAUGAGUACAAGCGUCUGGCGUCCAUACUCUCCAACAGUCAGAUGUUUUUUGGAAGUCAAACCACCAGUUAUGCCCCUCAGGUACGAGGACGUGUUGCCCCGCAAGAUCAUUGACGGGUUAAAAACAUAGUUUUUCUCAGGCUUCUUAAAUCUUUUUUUUUUUUUUUUUUUUUUACAUAGGAAUAUCUUGCCCCAUUUUUAGGUUGAACUCUUCACACUGCGUGUCCACACUGAAGCUGAAACCUUCACAGAGGAAUCAUUUCUACACGUUGUUUUAUUUUAAAUCACUGUUUCAGAUUAUUUCAGGUUGGUACAGAUUCAUAAAGUCCAACAUGUCAGAGACAUUUAAGGUACGUAUAUAAAACAAAUAAGAGUCAUGGCAGGAUGGAGCCUAAAAUCCCAGCAUGCACUGAGAGAGAGAAAAUGGAAAACAGUUUGUUGCUCAGUUACAGGUUUAAUGGCAGGCCGACACACCGAACAGCUGAUUGAACUCAGAGUUUGGCUGAAUUUUUGCAUUGAUUGGUUUUUGUUUCAUGUUGAUGUGUCUGUUAUGCUGACAUAGAUACAGACAAUAGAUGACACAAGAGGGCGGAGUCAAACGAGGCGACAGUGGAGGAGGUUGUGAUGUUGUACCUUUAAACAUAUGCAGCGUUGUAGACGGCGAUGGUUUGUGAGGUCAUUAAAUACGUCCUGACAUGUGGACAGAGAAUAGUUUCACUGUUUUACAUAUUUGUUCCACCUGUAUUUAAAUGUCUUUGAUGUCUCCUUUGGUCGUAUCUCACUUAAAUUAUGCUACUCCACCUCCACCAUCUCUGGCGGCUCUGUUCUGUUUCGUCCGUAUCUGUAAUCUUUCAGAAAACGUGCACAAAUAUGGAUGAAAUGAACGCAGAAGGCGCCGUCUGUCUCUGUAUCUAACGGUAAGCAUAAACGAGCCCGUAGAAGUCGUGACACCAGACGGGUCGUUGACAUUAAAACAGAAUCUCAGAGUAACGCUGCUUUUCUCUCUUUGUCAGUAUUUGAGGACCCGGUCGACUUGUUUGAUAAAACUUUAUUAGAAAUGUCUACGGUCUCGACCAAUCAGGGAUCUCGUGUUUACAUUCAGGGACGGAGUCAUAUGUUGAAGAGUGAGAACAUUUAGGAUGAAUUAAGACGUAAAGUCUGUGUCCAGCUUCAUGAACGUUCAGAGAGAAGCUGCAGCUUGAACUACGACCUCACUUUGUCACGUCAGGUUUAAAACUGAGGACUUUUUACAGUUUAAGAUCCCAGGCUGAGUCUGAGGUCAUACUGCAGCGACCAGAGAGCACCACACGUCUGUGUUCUCUUAAAAAAACAACAACAACAAAAAAAAGUCAUGAUGUAGACAGAUACUAGGACACACACACACACACACACACACACACACACACACACACACUCACACACACACACACACAUAAAACAGAAGAGUCCUCGGCAAAGGACAGCAGCGCCCUUCAGUGUGAGAGCUAGCUGUCAUAUUAACACAACAAUUCACCUCUACCUGUCAGUGCAGGUACACCCCACACACACACACACACACACACACUUACACACACACACUUACACAGGCUCUUACAGGGGAACAGGAUGGCAGGUGUGUACCAUAAAUCAUCACACAGACAGGGAACAAAGGAAAACACAUACCUCACCUUCACACUGGGUGGAUUCAUGACGGGGCCGACAAGGUGCAGACACCAGGGCCCGAGGUCAGAGAGCCAAUGGCUUUAAAGAGACACAAAACAACCAUGAUGAGCGAACAUGUAGAAACUGUAAAGAACCCUCAAGAGACACCAAACUACUGUGAGGAGAAACAAAACAACUGUGAAGAGAUGCUGAACAACCACGGCCAUGAAGAGGAACACAGUGACCAAAAUGAGACACUAAACAGUGGAAC